GCGCAACCGACACUUUUGUACGGCGCUGUGUAUGAUGGAUUAAACAAAAUGGCUGCCCGUUUGUCGUUGGCGGUAUUAUUUAUUUGGUUUGCGAAAAAACGGACGGUGGAUUAUAAUUGGGUUAUCGCGAUAAGCUUAUGUGUUGCGUGAAAAGUAUCGUGGAUUUUGAGGAUACGACAGAUUUCAAGAUUCAUUUUAUCACACUUUAUGAUUUUAUAUGUAUAACUGAAAACAUGUCUAGCUCUUAUAUCGUCGAGCCGCAAGAAAAAGAAACUCAGAAACAAGAUGACACAUUGAUUAUUGUAGUUAAUGACGAUGGCACAAUAUCAGUAGAUCAAGAAACACUACAAAAUUUGAUAAUGAACCAAUCAAAUGCAAAUGUUAGCGUAGUAAGAUUGGGACAAAGCGAACCAGGUGCUAACAAUGGCGAUAUAACAUUGACAGUAGAUCCACCUACUUUUACAUCUUCGAGCAUUACGCCAAUAGGUAAUGCAACAAGUACGGAUGCAACAGGACUCGUUGAUCCUUUUAUGGAAAUGGAUCCUGAACAGUUGGAAAGAUUGGAAACUGCUCUUCAAAGUGAAGAAGCAAAACAAAUAUUGGGCGAAAAUGUUACCGCAAUGCUUGAUAUGUUAUCCGUAGAGGAACAGCAGAAGUCAAUAAAAUAUAGUGUAGAACUGGAUCAUUGUUAUACAAACAAAUCACCUGAUUCUAAACCAAAAGAUUCAUUACCAUUGGCGAGUUACGCAUCUUCCAGUGAUAUACAAUAUACACAUCCUUCUUCUCCAUCGACAGUGUCAACAAUGUCAUCACCUUCCAAUGAAAUAGAUAAACUGAAACCAACUACUAAAACCGGAAAACCAAUUGGUCGUCCUCGCAAAAAUCCACUUACUCCUACCACUUCUAAUCUUCGAUCAGCUGGGAAUUCUCCUGGGGUAUCGAAAUCAGCAGGACAUUCGAUGUCUAAAGCACAUCGAUUAUCUAACGAUGAAGAAGAAGAGGAAGAAGGUACUCCCUCACCUUCAGAGUCUUCUGAAUCAGAACCUCCAUCAGACAAUGAUUCUGACUUUGGUCCACGAGGUCCAAGGAGAGGAGGAGUCAGAGCCAGAGGUGGAAGAAAAGGUCUUACCACUAGAGGUGGCUACAUGACAAGUACACGAAAAAGAAAUUCGAAUAAACAUAUGGAUAUAGAACAAGUGCGUCGACUAGAUAUGGAAAUGGCUGCUGCUGUCAGUGCAAUGAAAACUCCUGAUAAAGAGGAUAAGAUGGGAGCACACACUUCUACCAGAGGUAGAAGAGGGUUCAAAGCAUUAGGUGUUAGAAAAAAAGAUGAAACGCUCGCUGCAAGUGAAACUGCAAUCAACGUAGAGAAACCUCUACAAACGACAAAUCAAGUAAAAGCAAAUUUAAUUAGUAGCAAUAUGGUCAAAGGUGAUAUGAUUUUAACAAAGCCUGGUCAAGGAAGAAAUAAUCAAAAAUUAACUCUUGUACAAAAACAAGUUGUGAUGAAAGCGAACGAACUUAAAAAUCUAGAUGUAAAAAAACCAAUGAUUCUCCCAAAAGGUAAAUUUUUGAAUCAAGUACAGACGAAACUUGUGUCGACGAAAGAUGGAAAAUUAGUGCAUGUACCGAUCACGUCAUCAAAACCAGUUGUAUCAAGUACACCGGGUGCUCAAGAAAAGGGAACAUUAUUACAAACAUCUCCAAUACAACAAUAUCAAGGAUUACAACAACAAGGCAAACCUAUUUCAUCUGUUGUAUCAAUGAAAGUGAAACCUUCCGAAAUAAAAAGAGAACGAAGAAAAUCUGAAAAAAUUAUGGAUCUUAUUUCUAAAACAGAAGGUGAUAAUGCAAAAACUGUAGAAAUUAAAAACAUAGACAAUAUGAAGAAACAUUCGCGUAAAGAACAUAAGAAAUCUCCAGGAUUUGUGGCAGAUACUUUAGGUCCAGCAUUAUUUUCUGCGCCUGACAUUAUUCGUCGUGUCGGUUCAAACAAUGAUUCGAAGAAUGCCGAUAAUACGAUAUCUUCUUUAAUUGCUACUAUUCCAAGCACAACUAUUGCCUGUGGAGUUGCUAAAUCGUCUGCUCAAGGAACACAAAUAAUAAGUUCAACAAAUGUUACCACUACGACUUCAAAUAUAACACAAAAUUCAGAUUCAGAAUAUACAACGAAAACUUUGAUAACAAAUACGUUGGAGGAAGACGUAUCCCAAGUCGAACGUCAUUCAGGUAUAGAAAAUGAGACGGAAAAUGUAUUGAAAGGAGAAAAUGAAAAUCAAAAAACAGAUUCAAAGGCAGACCCAGCUGAGGAAUUACAACCAUCCUUAAUUACUACCUCAUCACAAAUGAUUGAUCAAGCCAUGGCACUGCCUACUGUGUCAAAUCAUAUUAUCAAUAAACAUAGUGGCAUAGAAGGAGAAGAACAUCUUUUAGCCACGUUGGAAAUGGAAGCCAAUAAACACGAUGAGGAAUUAUUAGCAGAAGCGUUAUUAUUGCAAGAAGAACUUGGAGUUGAUUUAGGAGAUCAUGCUGCUUUGGUAGAUCAAGCUGUACCGUCUACUUCAUUAACAUCAACUCCUGCACAUGUUUCUUCGCUGGAAGCAACAACUAAUCAAGAAUUAACAACUAAGCCACCGGAUACAACGACACAAAUAUCAACAAAUGUUACACCUGAAGUAACAAAAAAGAAUACUAAAGAUGACAAAGAACCUAUACAAAUCGUUCGUGGUGGACGUGUGAUCACUUUACCACCAAUAGAGGCUCCAGCAACAAGAAGCAAACGAUUACAAGCAAAGUCAGAAGUUACUGCGCAAAAGACUCCAGAACCUAUGAAGAAAUCCGAGAAAUACGAAUCGCCGAGCGUUCAAAGUCAUUUAGAGCGUAAAGAAGAUCUACGAUUGAAUAUAAGCGAGCAAAAUGACGAGGAGGAAGAAGAUGAGGAUGACGAAGAAGAGGAGAAUUCAGAUUCAGAAGAUGACCCUGAUAGGUUGUGGUGUAUUUGUAAACGUCCCCAUAAUAAUCGUUUUAUGAUAUGUUGCGAUGUUUGCGAAGAUUGGUUUCAUGGAAAAUGCGUACACGUCAGUAAAGCAAUGGGGCAGCAAAUGGAAGAGAAAGGCAUAGAAUGGGUUUGUCCGAAUUGUUUAAAGAAAAAAGCAGAUGACAAUAAAGUGAAAAUAAAUGCACAGUUAGUAUCAGGAAAAGAAAGACAACGGCAAGAUUCGUUUAUGGAGGACUCUGCAUCUUUGAUGGAAGAAGAAACAUCGCGGCAUUCUCUUUCGCCAACAAAAGAUGCACCGUUGCCCGCUGCAUCGACUCUCGAUCAUAAUAUCGUACGAAUUUCGGGUACCACUCAAUGCGUAGUAUGCAAAAAAGAAGCUAGGAAUUCUAGUAUUUAUUGUUCGGAUGCAUGCAUCCUUGCGCAUGCCCAGGAGACAUUAACUAAGGACAAACCUGUAGCAACAAGUUCCAAUUCAAAGGCAUUGAAACAAUCACCUCUGGGAGUAACCAAAACAAAAGCGGAUGCCAGAGUAAUUGUUUUCGAAAGAAGAACUGGAAGGCUCCUUACAGGUACGGACGCACCUAAAAGAUCGAAUUUAAAGACAUGGUUGAAGGAAAAUCCAACCUUCGAGGCUGUACGAGCGGAUAGUCUUAGUCAAGUAGAAAUAGGAGGGAAGACGGUUACGGUUCUACCUGCACAACGAUUAACCAAACCUGGAAAAUCUCCGCAAUUGAUAGCUGCUAAAGCACAAGCAAUACCAAAAAUGGUUUAUACCAAUAUACCGGGUUCUAAACAAACGAUUUUAAUAGCCAGUAGUAAAAAAAUUACGAUCGCUGGUGCACAACAGCAACAGCAACAGCAACAACCACAAACGAGUACAUUGCACAAUAAACCGCAUCAAUUGAAACAAACUUUUCUUGAUACGGGUAAAGGGAAUUUGAUUUUAAAACAAACGACUAUAAGACCCGUAUCAUCGCCUCAAGCAAGAGCACAAGGAACGAUCACACAGAAACAAGCACAGAGUAAGAAACAAGAAUUGAAGGUGCUAACGCCUCAGCCGAAACAACAGGUGAAAAUAGCAGUUGUGAAGAAGCCCGAGACCGAACCUAUACGAUUGAACAUUCGAAGAACAUUGACGCAGCUUUUGUCAAGUCGUAUAAAGGAGACGGAAGAUUUAAAGCUAUCCAAUGAUGAAAUCGCUGAUCUAGCUUUUAAUAUAGAAAUGGAAAUGUACAAGUACUUCAAAGAUACCGGGGCAAAGUAUAAAGCUAAAUACAGGAGUCUUGUAUUUAAUAUAAAAGACACGAAGAAUUUAACACUGUUUAGAAAAAUUGCUGACAAAUCGUUAGCGCCGGACGCGGUUGUAAGAUUAAGUCCAGACGAGAUGGCUAGUCAAGAAUUGGCCGAGUGGCGGGAAAAAGAGACUAAACAUCAAUUAGAGAUGAUCAAGAAAAAUGAAUUAGAUUUAAUGGCACAAGCGAAGUCCAUAGUGGUGAAAACACACAAAGGCGAACAGAUUAUCGAGAAUGACGGUGGUAUUGGUUUAGUAGAUCCGAAAACACCUGUGCAAGAUAUAGUGACUGCUUUGAACAGUGGCGACAGUAUUAGUUCUAUCGAUACGAGCAAGGAAAGAGAAGACGGAGAGAGAAUAAAAUUGACGCCCGAAAUGAAAAGAUCGAAGAAUGGCGAGGAGAGUAGGAAGAAGGACAAAGAUCGGGAAAGUUCUAGGGAUGGUGGGAGAUUAAGGGAUAAGGAAGGACGAGAAAGGAGUACAAGUAGAAGCAGACAUCGUCACAAACGAGAUAGGGAUUACAGUAAGACGAGAGAACGAAGUAGAGAUAGAAAGGCUAAGAGUAAGGAGAGUAGACGAGAGAAAGAUAAAGAACGCGAGAAGGAUAAGGAUAAGCAAAGAAAUAAAGACAGAGAAAAGAUUAAGGAUAGGGAGAGGGAAAAGGAAAGGUAUCAAAACGAGAAAGAAAAGCAUAAGAGCGAUACUUGGACAAAAACGCGAAGUCGUAACGAAUCCUCGAAGGAAGGAAAGAAUGGGGAUAAAAAGGAGCAAGGACGUAAGAAGGAGAUAGAAAAGAAGAAAGAACCCACACCACCGCCCAUAGUGGAAAAACCGAUAGAGGAUCGUUUGUGGAGGCACAUCGAGGACGAAGCUACGACGAAUACCAUCGAUGGAAAUGAUUCUGACGUAUCCGACAGAGAACCGAGUUCCACCGUUACGAUUAAAACACCGGACAUCAACGAAGAACCCGAAAGAUAUACCGAUCCGGAGAUAGAGAAGGAUAUUUCCAAAACGGCAUGGCAAACGGUUUGGCGAGGAUUUGUUAACAUGGUAGAUGUUGCCAAGUUCUUCAUCACGGCUCAGGAAGUUAGUGGUCAUGCCAGGGAUCUAAUGAACGAUCUUCCAGAUACAGUAGACGUCGUUGGUAGAAUAAGUCAUGAAACUGUGUGGGAUUACAUUUCAAAAAUGAAAAAAACUGGAUCGAAAGAGAUUCUUGUUAUAAGGUUAACGGCAGCGAACGACGAGGAAAAGAUUCCUUAUAUAACUUUAUACAGUUAUUUAAAUAGUAGAAGUCGAUUAGGCGUCGUCGGUAAUGUUUCGAAAAAUAUAAAAGAUUUUUAUAUAAUGCCCUUUUCAAACCAAAGCACAAUACCGCGAGUUUUAUUACCUCUGACCGGUCCUGGUUUCGAAGAAAACAGGCCGCAUUUGCUUCUUGGUAUUAUAGUACGCAAUAGGAAGAAACGUUUGACCACUAUACCUCCGAUAGUCGCAACAAAAAUACAGAAAAAAGAUCCCGAUCGUAGUUACACGCCGCCAUUGGUGGGUACUUCGAAAGAUAAAGGUUCUUCCGCUACACCGCCAGCCUCUCCUAUGGGAUACAAAGCAAGUGCAACCGAUACCAUUAAAGAUAAACAAGCGGUAACCCAAAUGACUUUAGAAACUUUAAAUAAGGCACACAUCGGGAUGUCCAAGUCGGUAAUAGAUAGUGCUGCAAUAUGUAAAAUUGUACCGGAAUUAUCUUCGAAGAUCGACCUAAUGCCUUCGCCUCUCAAGACGCUGGAUGACGAUGGCGAUGAACCUUACAGUCCAGGUGAAAUGGAUGAAGAUGUUACGAAUACGCAAACGGUUAUACACGAUACUACCGAUGUAUUGUCGUCGGCAAAGAAUUCUACGGAGUUACAGAGAAAGAUGGACGAAUUAAAUAGACAAAUAGAAGAACAAAAACAACAAAUACAAAGCAUUAGCUCUUCGUUUCUCAAUGACGCGACACCUACUCUGCCGGGUUUGGGACUAGAUCCACCUGAUACAAAGGAUUCCGAAGAAGCUUACAGCCCUUCCGAUACGCGUUCGUUUACGCCACCGCCUCCAGGCAUUUCGAAAUUUGCCCAGCCAAUUCUCGAUAAAGUUUCGGAUAUAACGAUACCGCCGAAUUUACAAGAGAUUCUUGCAAACGUUAAACGACAAGAGUCCUCGAAAGUAGAUCCUUAUCUUCCGUCUAAGCCCAGUGCUACAUUUUUGACUACCGUUAAUUCUACAGUUUAUCAAAAUUCGGAAAAAUACUCUUCACCUUCUCAAGCCAAAGGACCAAAUUUAGCCAGAGCGAAUUCCGAAAAGGCAGCUUUCGCGGAUGUCUCACAGACUGCUCUUUCGAAAGAAAGCAAAAGUACGCUGAGUUCGCUCAGUGAUUUAGAUCUGAUAAGAAAAGCUGAAGAGGAAUUAGCUGCUGUCGCAGCUGCAUCUACAGCACCUAAUGUAUCCACUGUGCCUAUAUCACCUGUAGCGCCUUCCGGGACAAAUCUUAUAACGCAAACUUCUCCUGUUCCACCUACGCAAUGUGGUAAUUUGACGGCGUCUCCUACGCUUCAUCAGCCUAUGUUAUCACCUCCUAUUGCUCAUAUAGAAACCUCGUUUAAGAAGACCUUCAUGCCCGAACAACCAAAACCGCCGGGUCUUGAAGAUGAAGAUUUUCCUGCAUUUCCUUCAACACCACCGACAAUGGACAGUAUGUCAAAAAUAAUGCCGCGAUCGAAGUACGCUCAUAAAAGUGGUAUUGUGUUAAGUGUAAAGCGAAAAGUAUGCGAGGAUGAUAGUUCAUCUCCUGCAGUCAAAACUCCAAGGACAAAGUCGAGAUGGGGUCAAGGACCAUCGGAAUGAAAUUAUUCAGAAACUACUUCUUCGUACUAUGGAAGUACAAAAGGAAAGCAUUACAUCAUAUAAAAUAUAGUUAUGUUAUAGGUUACAGCGAUAAGACAAACUUAAGAGUUUGAAUGCUGUUGUCAAGAAUGUAGAAGGGAUGAGAAGAGAAUUUUGAGUAUGAAUGAAAAUUGUGUUAAAAGAAGAAAAUUCUCUCUUAGUAUGGUUAACAAAAACAAAAGACCCCGAAAUAUUCUUCAUUACGUCGUAAGAUGUAACUGAUACGAACUAACCUUUAAUUUUUACAUAACGAUCGUAUUUGAAAUAUUAAGAACGAUUUAAAUAAAAAUAUACAAAAUAUUUGCAAAAUUGAAGACAAAGUGCAAUGUAUUUUUGCAAUGUAUUUUUAAUCAUCACUUUAGAAUUGAAGUGUGAUUUUAAAAAAUAUAUAAUUUUCUUCUGCAUCCAUAAUGUAGAUAUAAAAGAUUGUUUAGAAAAUAAUAUGAAUGAUAUUUACAUUUUCUAUAAUUAUACUAAUCAUAAUAUUUCAUGAAAUCUUGAAAUAUUAAAAACCAUACUACAGUAGAAGAUUUUCUUCUCCAAGAAUUGGAAGUAGCUGUAGUAAAAACAGGAAUUGGAUGAUAAUAUUGCUGGUUCCUUGUGAAAAAAUAGCUUGGAAAUAUAUGAUAAAACUUUUUUGAUGUAAAUGUAAAGAUCUCUUAAUUUUCGGGAAAAAUGACUUUGAAAACUUGGAACAUACAUGACUCGAUUCAAUAGAAAAAUUUAAGAGGCGUAUCCUUUUGAUUUGUUAUAUAAUUAUUUAAGCAAAAUAUCAUAAAUGUAGAUGCCAACGCAUCGUUAUCUAUACAUGCUGUUAAUUUGGAUUGAAGUGUAUGUAUGUUCUAAGACAAACAAAGCCAUUUCUCUCCAAAAUAAAGAUUUAUAUUAAGAAAAUUUAUUAUCUGAAUAUUUGUUUUAUUUUUUCUUUUUUCUUUUUUUUUUUUUUUUUUUGUUUUUACAAGGAACCAUUUCCUUUCCUAGAUACGUCAUCAUUUCUAUCACCUCCCAUAUUUUGUAAAUCAUUGUUUUUACAAUAAGAUUUUUAAAGGGCAUCGUAAGUCACAAUUUGGGCCAAAAAAAAUUUGACUCGCGAUUCUUUGCGUUUUUACAUUUUUAAUUACAUAUUGGUUUGAAAACACUACUGUCUGAAAACAUCGAAAGGACAAUUGAAUUUGUCAUUAAGCACGUAUCUGUACAGAAAUAUAAUUACAUAUUCUUUAGUACUAAAAUUAUCAAAUCUAUACAAGCAGUAUACUUACAAAUGCUUAUCUUCUUUUAUUACUUUAUUUUAAAAGAUAUGUGCAUAUGUGAUCAAAUAAAAUAAAAUUCCAUAAAUUCUUUUUUGGAUAAUAUCCAAGCAUAACUGAUGUAAAUACCAAAGUAAAAAAGAGACGAGUGAGCAUAUAAGCAGAUUUAAUAAUUAUUAUACCGCUUGAAAAUGAUGCUUAUCUAUGUAUAUAGCUGAAUUGAAAGUUGUGUAAUAUAUUUUGUUAAAAGUUACCUGGGGAAAAAAAAUAAUGCCAGGUUAUCUAAAUCACGUUGAACAAUAUCAAUGUAUAUAAGUUAUACAAUGUUUCAUUUUAUUAAAAUUCAUUAAAAUUGGCUGUACAUUGUAAGUGAUAACUGAUAUAUAAGGUAUAUGAUAUAUUUUAUUGCCAGAUUUUAUUGAGAUAUCUUGUAAAUGUAAAAUAGUUUCAUAUGUGAAAUUUCUUUUUUAAGAAGGCAAAAAAAGAAUUAUUUUCCUUAUAAUUGCGUAAAAAAUUUGACAUUGUGUUUGGUCUUCCUAGCCAUCACACAAAUUACUGGUAAUAUAUAAAACUUCCAAAUGUAUUAUGUUAUAUCCCACAUAAAAAUUUCCAAAAUGGAAUACAUUUAAACCAAUAUCACCAAAGUUUAUAUAAUUGUUCCAUUUGGUACUAUGAAAAAUAGUUGAAUUUCAAUAUUUUUACUUGUUCUAUAUACAAACAUACCUACAUACAGUGCACAGAAUUCGUAUGCAUUGAAAAUAUUUAUCUUUUUUUUUUAUUUUAUUAUGAUAGCAACAAGAUAUUAGAUAAUUUAUGUUUAUACAUCUUUCUGAUGCAAAUCAAUGGUAUAGCUACAUAUAUUUUAAAUUAACGUUUUGUUAAUUUGAUUAAGUACGGCAUAAAAAUACUUGUUCUCAUACAUCAUAGCAUAGUUUCUGGUUUCUAGUGUAUUAUUAUACAGAAUAUAUACUAUUAUAUUAUCAAGCUAUUUAGCAAAUAACCAUAUAUGAAAGUAUCCAUACAUCUAGUGCAUUAUAAUCGAGUUAAUUUGCAUACAUUCUCAGAAUAUAUCUUUUAAUAUGCAAUAUGUUGUGUACACGUUUAGAAAGUAGUUAUUUUAAUAUCUACUUUUGUAUAUCCUUGGAUGAUACAACAAAAUAAACCAUAAUCUAUUACCACAAAUAA